CCUCGGCGGAGUCAAGCUCCGACACGGUUCAGCCGAGUUCAGUCGCGCCACUCGGCCGUGGUGUUCACGCGCCACCGCAAGCUCGCAAGCUUCGUCAAGCUUCUGCCGUUCGUCCCUGUACCGAGGGGAAAAAAAAGGGAGAGAAUUAACGUACAGUUCGCUAAGGGAUACACGGAGAGGAGGGAGGAAGAGAGGAGGGGAGGAGAGAGAGGGUGGACGGAGCUGUCGGAUCGGUGCACGCGUUCGAUGUCCCCGCACGGUGUGUCCAGCGACGAUCGCAAGAAUGCCUAACGAAAACGCGCCAGUUUGCGGGUGCGGAGUGGUGGUCGAUCUCCCGAAAUCCCGGAAUGGCUCGCUGGCCUCGAAAAAGCUGACGCUGAGGAUAUCGAAGUCGAAGAGCGGCAAACCGGAUGGACGGUCCGGGAAGAAACAGCAGGAUGAGGCGCGCUCGAAGAACAGGAGCUCCGAGACCGGAAGCAGUAGCUCGGUCAUGGAUCAAGCGAGGCAAGCCACGAAGAGCAGCAAGCACGAGAAACGCCUGAAUCACUCGAGGCGGACCCGGAGCGCUGACAGAGCGGAAUCGCAUUACACCUACAUUGAUUCGGGGUCCAGUAUACUGGGCAGCGGAAUCCGAGAGAACACCAUACCAGAGGCUCUGUACGCCACCAUCCCAGACAUGCCGAACGCGAGUGUCAACGAAACCGGAAAUGGUCAAUUAAACGCGCAAAGAGGAUCGCAACCCGUUUACGCCGUACCCUCUAUGGUGUCGCCGCCGCCGACCUACGACGUGGCGAUUUCGAAAACGUGGCAGUCCGGCCUGCCGCCGACCUACGAGGAGUACCUCUGCCACAGGUACGCCAUGUUGUCGCGGUCGCACACGCCGCCGCCGCCAUGGUCGGACUCGGCGACGACAACGCCAGCGGCCUUGACCGCUCAAACUCGCCGCGAGCUGCUGGCGACGCAGCUCGAGCUCAGAGAAUACUUCGCACAGCUGUCCCUUUCCCAGCGCAACGAACGAUCCGGCGGCGGUCAUCACCAGCAUCACCAGCAGCAACAGGGAGCCGUGCUCAGGGACAGCAGCUACCUCUCGAACCAGCAGGCCUCCAGGGAGCAGCAGGUCAGGACGCAACAACGUUCGAGGGCAAUGCCUCCCAGGUCUCAAAGCGAGAGCCGGGUGCAGCAGCAAAGACUCGCAACGAUGUACGAGGACGGCGCGUUCUGCAUGGAGACGACCGCGCUGCAGUCCGCGUUCGAGAACGGAAUCGCGCUGUGCAGUCUGAUGUAAAACCGUCGGCGGCCGAUCGAAGAGGGAACAGCGGAGGAGCGACGGAAUUGUACUCGAGAACGGUCCUCCUCCGCGACCGCCCGAGAAGAAGGAUCCCGUCGCGGAUCCGACGAAGACAGUCGAAGUUCCGAAGCGAAUCCUUAAAUCGACUUUGAUAUGAUCGAUCUCAUCUCCCCCUUUCACUUCCGAUCGCGCGCGCGAUCGGGAACUAGGACGCGAACGAUCUGAGGGACACGAACACUUUCCUCCGACGUCUGUUAUUGGUUAUCGCGCGCAAAAUGGCCGGCCCCGCGCCAUUAUCCGCAUUAUCGCGUGAAACCGGAGUAAAAGAUCCGCGGGAAAUCGAAACAACGCGUUCACGGGUGCCGCGAAUUAAACUCGACGCGAAACGAGACUCGAAUUACGGGUGAAUAUUGAUAUGCGAGGAACGACGUUGUUACUCGCCCGUAUCCUGAAAGCGGAUACGCGAAUAUUUAUAAUAACAUUAAAAAUAAAGUAGAACAUCUCCGUUGCGUAUGGAACGAAGGUAAAUCCGAUCGCGGGACGUUUACUCUUCAAACGUACGUUUCGCGUGCGACGACCGGAUUGAAGCUCUCGAUUUCAUUCGAUCUGUCGUCGCGUAUGAUGACAGGUUUCGAGGCAUUCGAAAUUUCACGAAGAAUUCGACGAAACUCCCCGAGUGAAAAGUCGCCGGCUUUCCCGAGGUUCGCAACAAUUCUCGAGAAAUCGAUUCGUACCGGCUCUCGAGCGGCCUACGAAUCGCGAUCGACGUUCUUCGCUUUCGGAAACGCUUGGACCUGUUCUCCGGUCACUCUCUGAAGCGCCGAUCCCUCGAACGAUCAUCGUCCGCACAAAUCUUUCGAUAGAAUACGCUGUCCCGGACAAUUCCGUUGCGUCGGACUCAUUAUUCGAACGAUAUCGACGCUCCGAGCGAUCGAAAUCGCGCCGAGGCUUAGGAAUAUUCGAAUACGAGGAUUCUGUUCGUCAACGACGGCAGGCAGCCGUCGUUCAUCCUGGCUGGUCCAGGCUCACGCAAGCCUAACUCGAUUGAAGGACGCGGAGAAGGAGAAUCAUUCGUGAAGCGUAGAACGGUGAUUUCCAUUAAAUUACGUCGGUUACCGAUAUCAGUUUGCGAAAGUGAAUUUAUUUUUCUCGACGUCGCGAAGGAGGGACGUUACUAUAUUCUAUAUACACGCGUGACGAUUCUUUGGGCCUAAUUUUCGAAACGGUUUCUUCGUCUUCGCCGAUAGCUGGAAGUAUAUUUGAUAGACGCGCAGUUUUUGUACGAUUGAUCUGUAUAUAUUUAUUAUUUUCUACAAGCGACUCGCACCUAAAUUUCAAUUCCCCCGACGUUUCUACGAGCGUGAUCCUACAAUAGCGUAGAGUAUCCAGCGAUCGUAUCGUCCGCGCUGCUAGACAGAUGCGUAUGAUUUCUCCCCGCGCAACGUUCCGUCGUUCCGAACAUUUCCCAUUUGUUUCGCGACAGAUGUUCCCCCACGAUCGCGCGAUUUCCAAGAGAGAUUCCGGGUUUUCUUUAACGAGACAAUCAAAGGAACCAUGCUUUUGCUGGCAGAACGAAAUGAAUACGAAACGACGGCGGAAUGAAUGCGAAAGCUUUCGUGGACAGCCUGCGCUCUGAUUUACGAUGCAAGAAACAUUUGCAUGGAAAGGGUGGCAGGCAAGGGAGAAAGGAGGGACAGUUACAAAGAUAAUCGACGAUCGUCGAGAAAGGUCCACGCCUCGUAAAGGAAUUCGUGUUCACUACCGAAGCUCGUUUUCUAAAAGCCAAUCGAAGAAUGAAGAAUAAUUAAGGCCAUACUCUGUGUUCAUUACAAAUGUUUCUCGAUAAUUCACCGUACAAACGCUGUCAAAUCCUUUCACAUCGAUUCCGAUGAAAGCUUCCAAAGUUGUUCCAUUUUUUUUUAUUUUUUUGGACACCCUCCCCUUUUUCUAUAUUUCUCAUUUUGUUCGUUUGUUCCUUGCGAUAUUGUCGGAACUCCGUAUCGUUUCCAGCGAACGAAACAAGAUAAGCGGAUUUAAUUCUGUAGACGCGCCGGUGUGAAAUUUUUAUUUUUGUCAACGUAACGUUUCAUACGAAUGAAUGUCGUAGUGUAUUCUAGCCACCGUACGGUUUAAGGGAAUUAUGGGUGUUUUAACGGAGACACGAAUGGAGAUAGACAUUCCUAUAGCGAGUAGGUCUACGAAGUAAUCUUUACUGUCCUACUGUAUAUAAAUGUAAUUAAUUAUAGAAGGCGGAAGGCUGCGUGGGUCGGUAUAAAGUAAUUAUUAUCUUUGGGUUUCGUUGAUUCCAGAAAAUAAUCGUUUGUCCUGUAACAACAUCCUGGUUCUGUGAAUGUGGAGAACAAUUAAUUUCAAUUUUUAAGAAAGAAAUAAUUACAUCAAAAAUCUGACUGGACGCCAAUUAUCCAGACAAAGUCGAAAUCCAACAUCGAAAAGUUAAACGUUUAGUUGCUAUGAAAAUAUGACAUUUCUUUUUAGCAUAGUUCUUAUAUUUCUUGUAUUUCUUCAGUAUUGCUUCUAUUUCUUAACCAUUAGCACUCUAGAUGGCUUUUUAAUCUAUCAGAGACUUCAAUCAAUUUUUAUAGUACCCCUAGCGAAAAUUAAUAAUGUUAUAACAUUUCUUAGAUCUUUUAUUUUCCUUCUCAGUACAACAUUUGGGGAAAUCUAAUAAGCUUAGGAUAGUUCGUUUACGAUUCAUUAAAAUAUUUAACCCAUUGCACUCGAGAGGUGACUCUCAGUCACCACUUUAUUUGACACAACAAAAAUAUACAGUUGAAUAUUUAGUAUUUUAAAUUAGACUUUGCACUGCUAUGUGAAAUAUUUGAAUAAAAUAGCCUCGUUGCUUAAUUUAUCUGUGAAUUAUCGUUAAAUUAGUUUCAAACCAUAUCGGCUGUAUCUCGUCGGAAAAUAUUGAAUAUUUUCUGUGCAGAAACUUUCGAGUGCAAAGGGUUAAAUAUUUUAAUGAAUCUUAAACGAACUAUCCUAAUUAGAUUUCCCCAAAUGUUGAAGGAAAAUAUUAUAACAGGUGCAAUAUUGGAGCGUACAGAGGGCAAAGAGUUAAACUAUACUCCUGUUGCUUAAAAUAUAUUUCUUCUAUUUCUUUAAUUACUACUUAUCCCAUUAAAACUUUCCAUUACAAAUAUAAUUGAUCCGGUGAUUGAAAUCAUUUCACUUUUACCCGCCCAGUAAGGGCAAAGACUUGUAAUUAAAGUGCAAAGAUCGGAUCGAUGUCCGGGAAGCUGGCAUCCCGUCGCAAUCCGCGAAUUAACGAGACACUCAUUAUCCGAACAUCCAGACGAGCGGGCCGCGUCACCGAUUCAAUUAAGAAUCGAGUCAUCAAUUUUUCUACAUGAAUCGCUGCUUCGCGUCCGCCAUUCCAUCGUUCCGACCCCGCCGCUGCGAAACGUCCCGCCGGCCGUAACCAGAAUUUUAAUGGUCACCGCAGCAAUUAACCGUGUACAUUUAUCGAGCCACUCGACGUACCGUAUUAGACGAUAGGAGAACGGGGAUGAGUUAAUUAAGUAACGACUACAUUAUAGGCUGUCCUAACGACAUACAAAACAGAAAGUAGCGUGUAAAGUCGGUGUUUUAACGAAAACGAAGAAAAAAAUGAAAU